AAGCAAUUCAUUCGUUCAUCUGAACUCAAAGCUCUCGACCCUAGUGGUCGAAUCCAUUCAUGAUCACCAGGGAGGGGCACGUUGACGGAUUCGACGCGAUCCAACAAAUUUUCCACGAGCUUAAUUAAGCCCAAGCUUUUUUACCCCUAACUUAGAUUAUUUAGCGACCUUCAUCCCAUUUCUAGAUGCUGCAAGUUUAUAGUCCUCUUAUCGUUGGGCUAUGAGCAGCUGUCAUGAAGUUCGCCAAGGAGCUUGAGCGAGAAGCUGUGCCUGAAUGGCGCAUCAAGUACCUCAACUACAAACAAGGGAAGAAGCACAUCAAAGCUGUCGGUAGAGCUCUUGCUCGUGCGAAUGGAACACCUCGAGGUCUUGGGCAGCUUCGCACUGGCACAUUUGCUUCGCCUGCGACACCGCGACAACCAUUUACAAGAGAGAACACGGCCUUGAAUUCUGCAACAAUUCCAUCCGUAGCAGCCGUUGCGCCCCCAAGGUCGAUCCCCACGCCGCGAAGCAGAGCCGCCGAAAACGAGUCCCUCACAGAUUCGGGUGACAACCGACACUAUGGAAGCUUUGUCAAUACACCACCUGAGCCGUCGCCUUUGGCCGGUGGCGCUAGACAUGCCGAAUUCCAAUUACCUGCACCCGCGCUGAAAGUUCAUGACCAUGAGAGCGACCUCCCCGGUUCACCUGCUACUGUUGGGCCCUCCGAGGCGAUGCGACGAAAUAUUCAGCGAAUUGAUCCUCGACGAACAUCAUCAGCCAGUGUCGUGUCGACAAUUGUAUCCCCGGACGUAAACAAUUCGACCAAGAAACCGUCAGAAUCUGGUGUUCAGGAUUCGCCUUCUCACCUCCGACGACUAUUUACCCACCAAUCAACAGCAAAAAGCGACCGCAGAGUCGAUAUCAAUAUGCAAAACUUCGACCUGGUUAAGGAGAGGGAGCGAGAGUUCUUUGAUUUCCUCGAUUCCGAACUCGAAAAGGUUGAGAGUUUCUACAAGAUGAAGGAAGAACAGGCUGGUCAGAGGCUGGAUAUUUUGAGAGUACAGCUUCACGAGAUGCGCAACCGUCGAAUUCAAGAGAUGGCCGAUGAGCGAGCCCGCGAGGAGAAUCCCCAGAAAAAAGGAACCCAUGACAGCGCCAAUGGCAAGCUCAAUGGGAUCAUGGAUCCUAUCAAGUCCAAGAUAUUCCCUAUCGGACCCAACACGAAGGCGUUGCAGAAGAUGAACACGACACCCAAUAUCAAUGGUGGCGUUGUCGGUGACGCUGAGAGAGACUACAUCCGUCGCCCAACCCAACACGAGGUCUCAUACCGCACAGCAAAGCGCAAGCUCAAACUCGCACUUCAAGAGUUCUAUCGUGGGCUUGAAUUGCUCAAGUCAUACGCAAUGCUCAACCGCACGGCAUUUCGAAAGCUCAACAAGAAGUACGACAAGGCUGUCAAUGCUCGACCCCCUUAUCGUUACCUAAACGAAAAGGUCAACCAGUCAUGGUUUGUCAACAGCGAUGUACUCGAGGGACAUAUUCGUACGGUGGAAGACCUGUAUGCUCGCUAUUUCGAGCGCGGUAAUCACAAGCUAGCCGCUGGCAAGCUCCGCAGUCUGAACAAGAAGCCUGAAGACCAGUCAAUUGGCAUGUUCCAGAAUGGUCUACUCAUUGGCACUGGUGCUGUGUUCGCGAUCCAGGGUCUUAUUUACGGAGCACAGUUGUUGUACGAUGAUGAUGACGAAGUACGCGUGCGGACAAGCUAUCUCCUGCAGAUCUAUGGAGGCUAUUUCCUCAUGCUCUAUCUGUUCUCGCUCUUCUGCAUUGAUUGUUUAAUCUGGAACCAGAACAAAGUCAACUACCCCUUCAUCUUUGAGUUCGACCAGAGACAUCAUCUAGACUGGAGAGAGCUGGCUCAAUUCCCAAGUUUCUUCUUCUUGGUGCUGGGCCUCUUCAUGUGGGUAAACUUUAGUAGAUAUGGCGACCCGGACAUGUACAUCUACUAUCCGGUCAUUCUUAUCUUCUUUACUAUGGUUAUUUUAUUCUUUCCUGCUCCUACGUUGUUCUAUAAAAGCCGGCGCUGGUUUGCAUACUCUCAUUGGCGUUUGCUCUUGGCUGGACUCUACCCCGUCGAGUUCCGUGAUUUCUUCCUCGGAGAUAUUUACUGCUCACUUACAUAUGCUACUGCAAAUAUUGAACUGUUCUUCUGUUUAUAUGCCAACUACUGGCAGAAUCCGGUGCAGUGCAACUCUAGCCACUCGCGGGCCCUUGGAUUCUUGACUGCCCUUCCGCCCAUUUGGCGAUUCUUACAGUGCCUUCGUCGAUAUAAAGAUACACGCAAUGUCUUUCCUCAUCUAGUCAACGGUGGCAAGUAUACGGCGACUAUAAUUGCUGCUGUAAUGCUGUCUUUGUACCGUAUACAUGAUUCCGACAUGCAUCUUGCUUUAUUCAUUACCUUUUCGACCAUCAACAGUAUCUAUUGCUCUUUCUGGGAUCUUUUUAUGGAUUUCUCUCUUCUUCAACCUAAUUCAAGGCACUGGUGUCUUCGAGAUAUCCUUGCCCUGAAGCGACGAUGGCUGUACUAUUUCAUCAUGGUGGUAGAUCCUAUUCUUCGGUUUGCUUGGAUCUUCUAUGCUAUUUUCACCCACAACACCCAACACUCCACCAUCGUCUCAUUCAUGGUCGCCUUCAUGGAAGUCACCCGUCGAGGCAUGUGGACUCUCUUCCGCGUUGAGAACGAACACUGCGGAAACGUCUCUCAGUAUAAGGCCUCUCGCGACGUGCCUCUCCCCUAUAGAAUCGAGCCCCUUAUUGCUCGUACCAGUAUGGACAGCACCGCCCCCAGCCACCAACCCGAUGACACUGCAGGUAUUGCCUCACUCGAAACACCCUCCCGCCUUGGCACAGCCGAGUCCACCGCCGUCUCAGCCGGUCAAGCAGAAGAAGGCUUGUCUCGACGCAGAACAGGAGGAGCGGCGCCCCCACCACCACCAAAACGCACAUUCUCACGCAUGCUUGCCGAAGCGCACAAGCAGGACUUUGAGAAGAAGCGCCGCCCUCUCGAACAGACCAGUGAGGACCCUGCUGCUGAGCUGGGACAAUCCGACGAUGAAGAUGAUGCCGACGAGGCUGUCAGUCUGCUGGAGAUGUCGGAGGCUGAAGAUUUAGCACGAGCAUCUUCGAGUUCGAGAUAUCGUUGAUUUGGUUCUGGCCUGGUAUUCGAUAGAUUGGUUGCAUACACCUGGUAAAUUGUUCAGCAUAGCUAGUUUAGAUACCCCCUAUACAUAUCCUACACACAUUCGCAUACACAUGUAUUGUUUGAUUACAAUAACUUAGAACUGGAACUCUCAUAUUGGUUCACUUGGAAAGCAAUUUGUCAAUUUAUAUUUUGCCCCUGGG